AUGUCAUACAAUCCGUAUUUACGAAGAGAUGAUGAAAACUACAACCUGCUACGUACGUCUCCUCAGGAGUUUGAAAUAAACAACUUCCAACUAAGCAAUGACUUGUCGAACCAAAACUCGAUGAAUAUUCAGCAUUACCAGGGGGAAGGAAUUCAGGGUGCCAAUCAUAACUAUCAACAGUACCAAGAUACAAUGUCACCAAACACAAAUGAAUCUUAUUCAGACAUUGGGCAUCAAGUAUACGGCAGCCAAGGAAAUAUUCGGGUGUCUUAUGACUACGUGGAGCUAGACCAGCUGGGACAGCAGUAUGUUGACAACACUGGCGCGGACACUGGAUUGGUUUUAAGCACUCAAAACGUACCCCAAUUCACCAAUAAGGAAUUCUUAUCGCCCUCAUCCCAGAUAAACCCCCAUUCACCAGAUAUCACGAACAGAAUGCCACUGCAACACAGCUUUUUACAAGUUCAACAGAGCUCCAUGGACAACCAUUUCCUCAGCCCAAAUUCGCCCGGCCAAUUUUCCUCGCAAUCUUUGUACUCCGACAACUCAUCCCAGCCAGCCUCACCAUACCACGAUGCUGCCUCGAGCUUUAGCAACUCCAACUUGAUCCCUCCUCAAGUGCCUGGUCCUGCCUACUCCGAUGUUGGUUCGAUACACGGUGGAAACUCCUCGACAAACUUGGUUAACGACCACUUUGACACCCCAAGUAACAAUGAGUAUUUGGGAAGCACGCAGAUUGCGUUUGGUGAGUCGAUAAGUUCUGCUAAUUUGCCCACAAUGUCGUCUAGCAGCGGUUGGCAACAGAGUGUCGAAGCCGAUUUCCAAAGAGAGGAGUAUGGUGGGCUAGAGUUUGGUGCACGCGCGGAGUACCCUCGGGAGUUCCCAAUGGACUCACAAUUACUUGUGCAAAAAGACCCACAGACGUUGGAAGGCAAUUUACAAUUAAACAAUGAACAAGUAGAGAGAGACCCAAACCAUUUUACUUUCCGUAGCCCACAAAUGGACUUUGACCUUGACAUCAAGGUGACUCCUCCGGAACACUCUGGAGAGCCAAAUCCACAGAUUCGCGAGAAUUACCAAGAAGAGGGAGUUGAUAAAAAUCAAUUGCUCACUGAAAACAACUUAUCCACAUAUAACAAUCAGAUGAAAGAACAGGAGAUUGAUGAGCAAAAUGCAGCUGUGAACAAAGACUCACUGGGUAUUGUUAUAUCCAUCCACCAAGCUCCAGAAGUUAUGGCGGCAAGAACGCCAUCAUUGUUUAGUAACUCGUCGGCAAACUCAUCUUUGAACUUGUCGAGAACAAAUAGUCGAGAUGACAACAAAUCCAAGACCAAGGAGAAGAAAAGUAGCACAAGUCUUGUUCCUAAUUCCCAGAUUGUUCCCUCGUCACCAAAUUCUGCCAAUGGUGAGGAAAACUCCAAGGACUUGUUGAAUCCCGAGUAUCAGUCGAUCAAACGCGGUAGGAGAAAGAGUCAUGCAUCGAAAUCAUCCCCCAGUGUAUCACCAAAACCACGAUCGAGGUCGCCCAUUUCCACCAAGAGUGUCAAUGGUGAUAGUGAUGUGGGUGAGGAGAAUGAAGACGAGAUGUAUGAUGGUUCGUCGCAAGUUUCGUCCCGGGAAAAGAUGUUGGAGUUGGCUGUACCGCCUCAGGUCUCGAAGCGCACACAAAAACACCCCAGUGUUUAUGCUUGCCACUUGUGUGAUAAGCGGUUUACGAGACCUUACAAUUUGAAAUCACAUUUGCGUACACAUACGGAUGAAAGGCCAUUCAUUUGCAGUCAAUGUGGAAAGGCGUUUGCUAGGCAACACGAUCGAAAACGACACGAGGAUCUACACUCGGGUGAAAAGAAAUUUCAAUGCAAAGGUGUAUUGAAGAAUGGUCAACCUUAUGGAUGUGGAAGAAAAUUUGCACGUGCCGACGCACUAAGGCGACAUUUCCAAACUGAAGCUGGGAAAGAGUGUAUACGACUUUUAAUUGAGGAAGAGGAGGAAGAAAAAGGGAAUGGUGGAGGAGUGCCUGAAUCUACUGGGAGUAACGAUACUGAAAUUUUGAGCCCGGAUUCCUCAUCGACGGGACAUGGGUCUAUUCCUCAAGUGGCAAUAUCUUCUCCGGAAUGA